AUGUCGUCCAAGGCGGUGGCCAAGGCUGUCGGUGGCCUGAUGCCCCUUUCAAAGAAACAAACGCUUCAGUCUACGGGCAUCUGGGAAGUGUUUCGAAAGGUCUUCGCUAUCGAUGCGAACCGCUCCAACGGUGUCCCGCUCAACCCGUGGUAUCGCAACCCGCCGCCGGGCUCCAACGACCCCCUUGCUUACGACGACCCCGUCACGCUCCCCGCUGGCGACAUCGCCGACAACCCGUACUGGAAGCGCGACAACCGUCGUGCGUACCCGAGGCGAAGCGUCGUUGGCCAAACCGAGUUUGCACAGCUCCUCACGGUCGGCAGCGCGGCCCAGCCCAAGAUGGAGCUGAUCGGCGAGGCUGGCGAGAAGCAGCUUGUGACCGCCAAGCAGAAGGCCGAGACUGGCUUGGCCAAGUGCCUCGAGAAGACGCCCAAAUCCGCCGCUCAGGGUGUAUUUGUGGACGGGCUGCCGCCACUACCGAGCGGGCAGAGCCUGGCCAGCGGAUCGUGGGAUGUGCACAAGUACGAGCUGGUCGAGGAGAACGCGUUCCCCGAAGGGUGA